AUGUCAGAUCACGGGGACUACGCGCCUGAAUCACUCCCUGAAUCUCCUGUCUUAUCCCGAUCAGGGGAAGGGUUUGAUGAGCGUCCGAUCAAUGGUCUGUACAUCGAUAUGGCUCCAUUCGGGCUGGAGAAAAUCUGGGAUUACGAGCCUGGUGGUCAUCAUGUUGUUCAUCUUGGCGAUCAUCUAGGUCGAGAAGGUGAAUACAAAGUCAUCCACAAGCUAGGCAGUGGGGGGUUCGCCAACGUUUGGUUGUGCCAGGUCCUGCGCAAUGGGGUACCCCAUUAUGUGGCGCUCAAGAUACUUAUGGCCGAUUACUCUAAAGACGACUGCCCGGAGCUUCGAGUGGAACGACUUCGCGCAGUCGGGUUAGAAAAGCACAUCUGCCUCCCGUUCGACCACUUUCGAAUUGAGGGCCCAAACGGAUCACACCUUUGCUUCGUGUAUCCUGUGGCGGGGCCGCGGGUCUCUCUGAUAGCUCAUGAAUUUGAAGACCCGGACAGAAGCUUACGGAAAAUGGCUCGACAAGCUACAGAGGUCAUGGCCGCAUUGCAUAGUCAUGGUAUAUGUCACGGAGACUUCACGCCGUCAAACAUUCUCCUGAAAUUUGAGGGCCUGGACGGAUUACCAGAGGAUGAAGUCCUCAAAGUCCUGGGAGAGCCCGUUAAGGUCGAAGUUUUCACUGAGUCCGGGGAGACUCCUUCUGAUCCAACCGCGCCUAAAUAUCUCGUCCGCCCAGUCAAGUUUCGCAAUGUUCCGCUGCCGUACGUUGUAGAUGAGAUUCUUGUGAUCGACUUCGGAGAGUCGUACGAUGUCACAAACCCACCGCAGGAGCUUGGUAUCCCUGGGAGUUAUCGUUCCCCCGAGCUUGUCUUGAAGAAUACACCAGGAUUCGGGAGUGACCUCUGGGCACUCGGCUGCACCCUCUUCGAGAUACGAACGGGCCGAAAACUCUUCGACAUGUUUGACGACGAUGACGACAGUUACCUCUUUCACAUGGUUGAGAUGCUGGGCGCACUGCCAGAACCGUGGUGGUCUACGACUUGGACGCACAGAAAGGAGUUCUUCAAAGAUGAAGCGGACUCACUUGGUCGAGCGGUCCUGGUUGACGCGUUGGCCAGGGAAAAGUCAAAUCUGUCGGUCGAGAGCCCGUCGGUAGAGUUAGCGCUACGACGAGGAUUACAUUAUUGGGACUUGGGGCCUGGCGAAGAGUUUAGCAGAGAGAUUCCUCCGGAUGAGAUUGAACAAUUGGCAGACCUCUUGAAGAAGAUUUUACCAUAUGUGCCCAACCGGCGGUUGACUGCGACAGAAGUUCUAGAAUACGAAUGGUUUCGUCGUGAUGAGAAUUGA